AUGAUUGACUCGCAAGAUCUUGCUCACUUACAGCGCUGCGUGGAACUCGCUCGGGAAGCGCUAGAAGCAGGGGAUGAUCCAUUCGGUUCAAUACUGGUUGACAGCAAGACCAAUUUGGUGAUGCGCGAAGACAGGAACCGAAAGAUCACGGAAGGCGAUGCUACAUUGCAUCCCGAGCUCACAUUAGCUCAGUGGGCUGGGAAGAAUCUGUCACCUGAUCAACGGGCUUCUGCCGUUGUGUACACUUCUGGUGAACACUGCCCAAUGUGUUCAGCAGCACACGCCUAUGUUGGCCUGGGACGCAUAGUCUAUGUGAGCUCGUCACUACAAUUGAGGGAAUGGAUGGAUGAGUUUGGGGCUCAGCCAGCGCCUGUGCGCCCCCUCGCGAUCCAUGAAGUUGCACCCUCGUUACUUGUCGACGGCCCAGCGCCGCCAGGUCUCGCAGCCGAGGUGAAAGAGCUGCAUAGGCUCCGGAUCGCCAGGUCCACCCAAUGA